UGACAUAAAAAUUUUUUCUAGAGCAAUCUCAGGUUGCUCUUUUGUGCUCCUUAUAUUUUGCAGGAGCAGCUACUAGGAGCACUAUAGAAGUGGGGGGAAUAUAAACAUAACCUAUAUUUUUUUAAUUUAAAAGUUUAUACUUUAAGGUUAAGUUUUUAUCACAAAUUAUGUUUUGAUCACUUUAGUUAAAUAAAAAAAAAACAUGAGUAAUAAUGAAGCAAUAUUAGAUAUCUUGUUAUCAAGUUCAAGUGAUAGCGAUGAUGAAAUUGAUAAUUUUAUUCAACAUUAUUGGCAUGAUACUAAAGACAAUUCAAUACCAAAAUUAACAAACUUUGUGGAAGACGUUUUAGAACAAUAUAGUGACAUUGAUUUCAAAAAAAAUCUCAACUAGAAAUACGUUUAAUCUUCUUGUAAGCAAAUUUGAAAAUUCGAUGCUCUAUAUGCAACUUAACAGUCAUGGUGGAACAGCAUUGAAAUCAGCGAAGGUUCAUAUUGCAGCUUUCUUAUGGUUUGCAGGCAAUAAAACAGUACUGAGAGUAGUUGCAUUAUUAUUUAAUACCAGUGUGUCAACUAUGUUUAGUAUAAUUAAUAGAAUAACAAAAUUCCUAUUAAAUUUAGGCCCACAAAUUAUAUUUUUUCCUGAAAGUGACCAUGAUAAAGAAGCUAUAAGUAAUAAAUUCUUUCAAAUUUCUGGUUUUCCAAAUGUUCUUGGGUGUAUUGAUGGGACAUACAUACAUUUAAAAACACCAGCUCACAAAGUUAAAUCAACAUACGUUAAUCGACAUGAUGUUACUGCUUUAACUUUACAAGGUAUUUGUGACAGUGAACGGAAAUUCUUGGAUGUAUUUACUGGAGUAUCAGGAAAAAUACAUGACGCUCGAGUAUAUGAGAUGUCAUUUAUAAAAAAUAAAAUUAACAAUUUGGAAGAAAAACAUCAUAUUCUGGGUGAUGCAGCAUACCCUAUAUCUCCCAACUUACUGACACCUUAUAGAAAUUAUGGUCAACUAAAUCCAGUUAACCAGGAAUUUAAUAAACGAUUUAGUCAAACUAGAGUUAAAAUAGAAAAUGCGUUUGGUCUUCUUAAAGUACGUUUUCGUCAGUUAAUGGAAUUGGACUUCAGGAAGGUAGAGAAAGCAUCGGAAUUUAUUAUUGCAUGUUGUAUAUUGCACAAUUUAUGUAUUGAACAUGAAGACUUUUUGGAAGAUGUUAUGGAAGACCAUGUAGAAAGAGAUUAUAAUCCCCCAGUUUAUGAAAGAGAGACAGAUUAUUGAAAAGAUUAGGGGAAAUGAAAAGAGAUCAACUGGCACAUGGUCUUUUUUAUGUCAAUUGAUUUUUUUUUACCUUUUUUGGUUAGCUACAGGUUGAUCAAUUUUAUCUUAGCGGCAAUAUCUAGAUGCGUAAUGGAACCAAUGUUCGAGGUGGAGCUCGUUCUCUCGCUGAACUUUGUGUCUUUGUGUAGUGCACACUCUGUACAGUCUAAGAAAAAAUGUUUCAAUUAUGACAUUUCAAUCACCUGUUAAACGUAAAGUAUUAAGUGCACAAGGUUGUGAAAUUGCAAAUUCUAUAAUACUACUAGUCAAAAGUAAAAUUACCACACGGAAUGCACACAAGUUAUUGUUACAGUCUCUAUUUUAUCUGUCGGUAGGCUAAGUUAAGUUUGGUCAAUCUAUUAGAUUUAGGUUUGUAUAUAUUAAAUUAGUAUGUAAUAGAUGACCUUUCUUAAGAGAUUAAUCAACAUCUGUUAAUUAAACAUAAAUAUAUUUUUAAAUAAAUCAAAUUGAAACUUAAAACAUUAUUUUCAAUAAAUAACACCAAGUACAACAAAAAAGGCAUUACUUCCUCAAAGUGUAGAUAGGCCUAAACAGUUAUUUGUCGCAGUUACAAGUUUUUUGUUUUUUUAUCAGUUUUUCUAACAUCUCCAUUUUUUCGCGAUGUCUUCUUUCUCUGGCAGCUUCUUUCUCAUGAUGUAUGUUAAUUAGAGUCUCUGUGAUUUUAUCACUUUUUCUUUUAGAUCCGCUUUCAACAGCUUUAGAUUUUUCCAUCGUUUCUUUUUUAAAUGUUGAGAUCUCAUUCCGUGAUAACGGUUCUUUUGUAUUUACAACCUUAUGUGUGACAUCUACCAAUAUUUCUGGUUCUAUACUAUCGUCGAUGCUUUUUAUUUUAUUAAAUUCAUCUUCAUAAGGAAUAUUAAUAGGAUUAUUCCCAGACUGUCUGUUGUUUGUUUCGAAACAAUUCUUUCGCCUUUUAAUCGUUUUGAAUCUAGUUUCACAUUGUAAAGCUGUUCGAAUCAGUUUUAAUUUAUUUUGAAUGUCUUCUGAUAUUUGUUCCCACAUUUUUUUCUUCGAUUUAAAUUUCUUCAUAGGACCCACUUGAGGUAGAUAUUCAUAAUUCAAAUCUAAUAAUAGUUUGGUUUCGUCUCCCCAUUCAAUUUUGCAAAUCUCUUUUGAUACUCCGUCCUCAGAUGUUUCAGCUACAUUGAAAUGACCAAUUUCUUCUGGUUCAAUUACUCCAAACAUUUCUCUGUUUUCUAUU